CUCCAACUUUGUAUAUUCUUAUCAUCCAACACACACAGUAAUUAUGUUUGUCUUAGUAUACGCCCAGACCAAAUUUAAUCAUUAACAGUAUUUUCAAUAGCUAGCUGAUCAUUUACAAGCAGGCCAAAUGAUGCAAAGUCCAACAUCUGAAUAUUUGUACAUCGACCUGUCCACAUUUAGUCAUUAGUUAAUUUUUCUUCUGAAAAUAAUAAUAAGCAGCAUAGAAGACGUAUUUUUCUGAAGGGAUCGAGACAUGGCAUCUCCGGCUGAAGUGCAAGCAGAGCCUGCUAUAGAAUUUAGUGAUCACCGCAACAGUGGUAAGUCUGGUACACCAAACACGAAGUAUGGUUCGGUAUACGACGUCGUUGAUGAUGAAGAUGAUGAAGGAGAAGGCACCUGCGGAUGGCUAGGCUUCCGUCCAUCCUGUAUCAAAGUGUUCAACCGCCCGCAAGGAUAUCUUUUCUUCUGGUGUAUGUUUGCUCUUGCUCAAGGCAUGGCCAUCAGUGGGUUAGUAUACGCAUCCAUAACUAGCAUAGAACGUCGUUUUAAUCUCACUAGUGUCAAAACUGGUACAAUCUCUAGUGCAUAUGAUAUAGCUGUACUUUCUGUUAUUCUCUUCGUAACGUACUUCGGAGACCGAAGUCACAAACCUCGUCUUCUCGGGAUUGGAGCUGCAAUAUUUGCCGCCGGUUCAUACUUGUAUGCCCUUCCCCACUUUCUUUCCGGAGAAUACAAAGACAAAGACGCUAUCGAGCAAUUAUUAACGUGCAAUGCAAAUAGAACACUAGAUGAUUGCAACGAAACUAUAGAAGAUGAUGAAAACUUGUCCCGAUUUUAUUGGAUAUUCAUCACGGCACAAGUGCUUCAUGGACUCGGUUCUUCGCCUGUGUAUACACUGGGAUACACUUUCAUGGACGACUGUGUAAUGCCAGUAGAUGCACCAUUCUAUUAUGGUAUUUUUAAUUGCAUGGCUAUAUUGGGUCCAUCAUUCGGUUACAUCUUUGGUGGACUUUUACUGACCCUGUACACAGAUUUAUCAGUGGACGCAGAGAAAGAAUUUGGCAUCACCCCUGAUAGUCCAACAUGGGUUGGCGCUUGGUGGAUCGGUUUCUUGAUCACUGGAACCAUCAGCCUAUCAAUUGCCAUCCCCUUUCUCGGUUUCCCAAGAAAUCUCAAAGGUCAUAAGAAAAUUGUAGCAGAGAGAAAAUCACAAUCACAUGGAGGGGUGGAGUUUAAAACUAGAGCAGGUUUUGGAAACAGUUUCAAAGAUUUUCCAAUUGCUGUUGCUACACUUUGUCGCAAUGGGCCGUACAUGUGUAUCACCGUGGCCGCCAUUUUGGAAUUCGGCAUUUUAUCAUCUCUGUCAACGUUUAUUCCAAAAUUCUUGGAGUCACAGUUUAGCAUUUCGUCCAGUCAGGCUGCUAUUAUUAUCGGAUUCAUUGUUAUACCGUGUGCAUUGGUUGGUUCCAUUCUCGGUGGCUGGCUAAUGAAGAAACUCAAGCUGGACGUUGGUGGCGCUCUCAAAUUUGUCAUUAUCUGUUUAGUUAUUUCAACUGUAAUGUUUUUAGCCUUCGUUGUUUACUGUCCGAAUGCUACAUUCGCAGGUGUCACUGUGGAUUAUAAUAACAAAAGCAUACCGAUUGCAGAAGGGGAUGGGAAUUUGACAGUUGACUGUAACGUAGACUGUCAGUGUUCGGGCUCAUAUGAUCCAGUGUGCGGAGCAGACCACGUGAUGUACUAUUCAGCCUGCCAUGCCGGUUGUAAAAAUUUCACCAAAGAAAACGACAAAGUAAAAUUAUUAUUCUUAUAUUUAGAAACUUUUCUUAAAUGGCCGCAGCUUGAGGAACUUACUAGGUGCAAUAACAUGCUGUACAAAUUAAACAAAUUAAACUUAUGGAAGAUUACUUCUCACGAAACGAAAAGUAAUGUUCCAGGGCCGAUCUUGUAUGGUGCCAUCAUCGACAGUCAGUGUUUGUUGUGGGAGGAACAGUGUGAUGGUUCCAAAACCUGUUGGCUAUACGACAACAAACGUUUCAGCCAUCUUACUUUAGCAAUCAUGAUACUAUUGAAACUAAUAUCAUUAGCCUUCUUUUCACUUGCACUAUUCAUUUACAAACCGCCUGGAAAAACGAGCUCUGAUCUUGAUGCAGCAGACGAUGCCAGCUAUGAUAAUGCAGUGAUAACCGUAAUAGGCAUAAAGAAAACUGAAGAAGGCUGAUAGUUCAUGUUAGUGGUGAAGAAUGUAGGCCUAUUGAAAUUAAGGAACUCUAAGGGAAUUCGUUCCCCACUCCUCUCUUCAAAGUUUAUAUAUACUAUCAUGGCAAGACAGUUUUUUGUUAACAUCUUUUCGGAGAUAUGAUACGCCCUAAUCUUUAAUGACUCGGUAUAAGAUAAAGAUAAAUUAUAAACCAUGUUGCGGUAAUUUUGAAAAGAGGAAACUUCGAAUAUGAAAAAUAUUUCCAAAAUCUGGAUCCUAACCUGGGACCUUCUGCUAUCUGUGAGACUGCUUCGUUGGGAAUUCAAAUCCGAUUAGGAGCAACUGAAAUUCCACACUUUUGCACAUGCUUGGAACAACGCAACAACAUCGUUUUAUAUACUAUUUUACUAAUGUCUUAUCCAACUUAUUGUUGAUCUCGACGUGUUUUAUUUUCAUUAUUUUGAUCUGGAGUACCAUUGAGCACUCUGCUGAUGAUAGUGCUUUUGUGUAGUUUGUAAUUUAUAAUAUAAUGAAUAAAUAAUAAUAACAGUGCUCGAAUAGAAAAACAAGAUAUCAUAACAUAUUGUUCCUAUUCGAGCACUGUAUUUAUUAUUUAUGAAUUUGUUUAUAUUGUGUUUACGGACGCGCUAACGUACAUAUGUGUUUACACACACACGUUGGCCUAUAAUAUAUAUAUAUAUUAUAUAUAUAUACUACUACUACUACUACUACUAUUACUACUACUACUACUACUACUACUACUACUACUAUGUAUAUAUAAUCAAGAUAACCGUUAACCCUGUUAAAAGAGCUAUGCUACAUAUAAUCAAGAUAGCCGUUAACCCUGUUAAAAGAGCUAUGCUACAUGAUGCACCAUCACGUCCUAUGAACACUGUAUUUACCUUCUAUAUGCAUUACUAAAGCAACUUGUACCAUAUACAUGGUUGAUUAUGAAUAAUGACCAGGGUAUCAAAAAAACUGUAUAUAAAAGGGUGGACCAAUUAUCAUGACAUAUGAUGUUUCUUAAAGUUUGAGCAUACAGGCAUAUUAUGUUAUCAUAAUUGAAAAAAAAAAUGUAUAAUCUAAUAACACUGACUGACUUAUUUUCUAUCUGAUCAUUGCACAAAAUAUUAGUCAUUUAGUAAAUAUGUUUUGUUGAUGUGCUGUUUUUAAUAUUUUGUUGUGAAAAGUAAAUAAAUAAAUAAAUGAUUACUUUUAUAACUCUAA